AUGGGAAAUUAUUCUUUAUACGGCUUUAGAUUCGAGUCUGAGUCUCUUCUAUUAGUUUCUGACCAAGAAGAGCUCGGCAAUACUGAAGCAGAAUACGAGCAAUGGCAGAACCUGCUUGAGUUAGACGCACAAGCGUCCAUCUCUCUGCAGUCUCCAAAUAACCGCUACGAGGCAAAUCAGAUACCAGCUGCAGAACACAUUAGCGUUCAGAAUUACCACACUCAAGGUUCUGACAAUCAACAAACCAGACGAAUAAAUGUCGCCCAUAGGCAUUCGCAUCUACCACAGCUCAUCGAUUGGGGUUCCGAUUCCGGCUCAGGGAUUGAGGAUAUAGUGGGUAUCUACGGCAAUGAUCCCCAGGGCCUGCUAGAUUCGCCCGACGAACCUAUUUGGCAGAUACUAUACUCGUUUUCUUACCAGAAUAGGCUCGAUCCAGGGCGAGAUGCAUACGAACAUACUGUUUCUGCAGAGAACGAGGCGGGGGCUCCACACGCGACUAUCAAAAAUGAAUCUGAAGACGAAAAUUACCCAUUCGAGAUAAUGGUGGAGUCAGGAGAGGAACAUUCUCAUGAUGAAGAUAGUAUUUUUGAUGUCGUGUCAGAAGAAGAGAGCACAGAUGAUGAGUGUGGAUUUGAAAGCGACGAUGAGGACGCUGAUGAAGACAGCGACAGCGACAUGGAUUUAAGCGAAGAUGACGGUCACCUCGAGUUGGCCGAAGAAGCCGGCGAAACCACAUACAUGCUAGGAGGAGAUCUCUUGGUCCGGAUUCCAACGCACUCUGUGUUCGAUCGAUACUCCCCAGAGGAGUAUUUGGGCGAAACCAUUCUGGAUAUUGAAUGGCCCAACAGUGGAUGGCAGAAUGCAUUUAACCAGACAGAACAGAACUAG